AUGCUCGAGCCACGAAAUUUAACUCUUCCUGGUCACGUCCAGACAAUUUUCAUUCAAGCAUUGUUAAAAGUUGUUGUGGCCAUGGCUGAGCGUGCAGAUGACGAUACGGUGGAGCGGAUUGCAACUGGUGUCAUGAAGCGUAUUCCUACUUUCGCCCGAAGUGAGUUUAUUGAGGUUCAAGAACGUGCUGUUUGUCUACAGCAGCUCUUGUUCGCGUUAGGAAUGGGAUUAGAAGCAUUGACGGCUCAAGAGCGUACGGAGCGAGCUUUUAAUGGUAGUGCGUCGCUGGACUCUGCAACGCGACUAGAUGUUUUGAACUCGUAUUUUGCAGAACGACUGGCUCCAGUCGGAGUGAAAGCACAGCGUAAGGUGCCAAUUCCUGAAGAUCUCGAUCUAAAUGAGCCGCUGAAUCCGUCCGAAGCAAAGUAUUUGGAAUCUGGUGGAGACGUGGCAGCAUAUUUGAGCGAGAAUGAGCUUGAGGUCUCGUUCGUGAGUCAGGGCCACGCCGGGUUUGGUGGGGGAUACAGUGGUAUUAGUGACAGCUCUUCUGGACAGAAGUCUGUUCACAAGUCUAAACACAAACAUCGCCGUGGCUCUUCCUCUUCCUCGUCCUCAUCCGAAUCUGAAUCUGAAAAAUCUGCAGAUCAGAUGGAACGGAAAAAGCGUGAGUAUGCUGAUGCGCAAGAGCGUCUGCGCAAGGAUCCUUUUUAUUUAUCGAGCGGUUCCGGGGUUUCAGGCGACACAAGUAACUUGGGCCUUGCAAGUGUUAUGCUAGCUAUGGAACCAAUUGGUAAUGGCAAAAAGAAGAAGGCAUCGAAGGUGAAAAAUCGUGAUGUUCUGGAGGAUGAAAUGAUGCCUGACGGCGCUCGUUCAAGCGACGAAGAUCAUCGACGGUCUCGAAAACAGCGCGAAUCAGUCGAUGGAAAUGAAAUCGACUUGGCUGCCGUUGAUUUAAGUAUUCCUCUGGGUGAAGAUGAGAAGAUUCCAACAGAUCAUUGGUUUCAUCGCCAGACACCAUCAUUCGACAAGGAGAAGGCCAGGAAAAAGAAUCCGAAACACAAAAUGACAGUGGUAGACGAGAGUAGCAAGAAGAAAAAAAAGAAAGAAUUGUCGAAAAGCUCCAAGUCCAUCAAAAUAUCGCGAAGUCAGGAUUCACUGAAUAGCAACGACGAGCAUGGUUCACAUGAAAAUCGCCAUAAAAAAAAGUCGUCUAGGAAGAGUAGUCCAAAGAAGAAAAGCUUGAGAAGUGGUGGUGACAGAGAGGAAACGAAAAAGAAGGGCAAAGAACUUGGUCGUUCCAAUCGCUCAAAGGCACCAGUCGAGCCACUUCUACUCUUUUAG